UUCCAGGGACCGUUCAGGGUCUCCCAAGCGGACUCCCAGGCGCCCUCCGCAUUCCGUCCUAAAGAAAUCCACCCGAGAACUUCGCACGGGGAAACAAAGCCUAGACGCAGCCCUCGCGAAGGUCCCCGCUUCGCCAGACUGCAGUAAAGCUGUCGGUAUUCCUGCUCAGGCAACAGUAACUGGGCUCGGGCUGCAAUCCCGGGGAAAAUGCAAAACAACAACAAAGACAGCCAAAAUCCCCAAAUCACAAAACCGACCUACAGAACACAGAGUCCGUGUGACUCGGGCUUCCUGCAAUCAGAAGUCUUCCGGGGUUGAGUUGGCAGCUUUAUAAUGAAUCCCAGUAUGAAGCAGAAACAAGAAGGAAUCCAGGAGACUGUAAAGAAUAGCCCUGUCCCAAGAAGAACGCUGAAGAUGAUUCAGCCUUCAGCCGCUGGAUCUCUUGUUGGAAGAGAAAAUGAGUUGGCCAAAGGCUUAUCAAAAAGGAAACAUCGAAAUGACCAGUUAACAGCGAAGACUUCCAGUCCUGGAGUUGUUACUGUCUCAGAACACAGUGAAAACAAAAAUCUUGAAGGAGUCACACAAGAAGCAUUUGAUCUUAUGGUUAAAGAAAAUGCAUCCUCUCAAUAUUGGAAAGAAGUGGCAGAAAACCGGAGGAAGGCUCUCUACGAAACACUUAAGGAAAAUGAGAAACUUCAUAAAGAGAUUGAACAAAAGGACAACGAAAUUGCCCGCUUGAAAAAGGAGAAUAAGGAAUUGGCAGAAGUAGCAGAACAUGUUCAGUAUAUGGCACAGGUAAUAGAGACACUGAGUGAUAGAACUCUCCAUGACUUUGAAUCGCCGGAUAGUCAGGAAUUCGAUUCUGAAGAGGAAGCUGGGGAGGAUUCUGAAGGGGAAGACUCAGAAACGGGCACAUGCGCUGAAGAAAUAGUGUCUUCCUCCACGGAUACCAACCUGUGAACGUGAACGUGAACGUGAACAUGAAAUUCGCUAAUACGUGACUCUUGAGGAACAUACUGCCCAAGUUCACCUCUGCUGUCAUUCUCUAGAGCAGAGUGACCACAUCCUGCAGACUCUGCCAGCAAACUCUGAUGUUUGAAUCCUGGGGCCCUACUGUAUUAGAUUAAAAAUACCAUGUAUUUUUAAUCUGUGAUGUUUUAUGUAAAUAGCAUUUUCUCAGUUGUCAGACAUGACUUGUAUAUGAUAAAUAAACUUUAAAUCUCUUGUUGAA